GAAUUUGGUAGAGAACAAAUUUAGAAAGAUGGAGAAAGGGAAAAGUGGAAGCAGAGAAAAAUAGUGAAGAAUUCCAUAAUAUGAAAUUAAUGUCACUGUAAUUUCCUCUUCCUCCACGCAACCAAAACACAACAAAACCCCUCUCUUCUUCUCUUCCUUUUCCUUCUUUGUCUUCAUCGCUUAUUCAAUCACUUAACACAACUUGUCUCGUCCUUUCAAAUUCCUCAACUUUCCCUGCCUUUUUCUAUAACUCUCCUUCUGGGUACCCUGCUUCCAUGUUCACUGCUUAGUCCUAGAACCUUGUAAUAAGCAUUUAGGCCUUUGGGGCAUGGACUGGCUGUUUUUGCCAACUUUCAGUGUCUGUAAAGAAUGUUUAACUGGGCAAGAGAUGCUAGUGCUUUUAAUGUAUUCAACUGGAAAAGUCAAGGUGAAUCAUCUUUAACAACGGGAUUACUUCAAGAUGUUCCACUAGAGAUUGAAUUGUCAGAUUAUAGAAGGAUCCCAAGUCCAGGUAGUGAGAGCCCUUCAGGGCUACUUAAUGGUGAGAGCCUAAAAGUGGAACCCAUUGCUGAUUUGGAUCUCUUCUUUGAAAGACUUUACAGUUACUACUGCGAGAAAGGGCUCUGGUGCAUCAUCAUAAAGUGGAUUGGUGAACUUUUGAGUCUCGGGUUCACCAUAUGUUUUUCAGGAUUUUUCUUACUGUAUGUCGACUGGAAUGGGCUCCGUAAUAUAAAGUGUGGGACGGAUGCAGUUGAAUCUGGAAGGCAGCCUUGUGAUCUUGCUAAUGAAGCUCUUUAUCAACACCCUUUAACUCCAUUAACACUCAGCAGAGCUAUUAUUGUCGGAUACUUGGGAAUAUUUUCUAUAUAUUGGAUAUUUUGCUUCUUGAGAUUCUUUGUUCAACUAAAUGAUACUUUGGAAAUCCGAAAGUUUUACUACAAUAGUCUCUGUGUUACUGAUAAUGAAAUUCAAACCGUGCCCUGGGCUACUAUUCUUGAAAAGGUUGUCGUUUUGCAAAGCUCACAACAACUCUGCGUGGUUAAGGAUCUUUCUGCUCAUGACAUGGUGAUGAGGUUGAUGCGGAAGGAGAACUACUUGAUUGGAAUGCUCAACAAAGGUGUGCUUGCUUUCCCCAUUUCACAGUGGGUCCCAGGUGCUGGACCAACAGUAAAAUCUGGUACUAAUGGAACACAAUAUCGCCUUAUACUGCCCAAGACCCUUGAGUGGACUUUAAACUGGUGCAUCCUGCAAAGCAUGUUUGAUCGAAAAUUCUGUGUCAGAAGGGAUUUUGUGUCAAAUCCAAGGACAUUAAAGAAAAGGCUUAUGGUAGUUGGGAUUGCGAUGCUUUUACUUUCUCCAUUUCUUGUCAUAUUCAUGCUGGUAUAUGUCUUUUUGAGACAUGCGGAGCAAUUUUAUAAUCACCCAAGCACAGCAUCAUUUCGAAGAUGGUCAAACUUGUCACGCUGGGUCUUUAGGGAAUUCAACGAGGUGGACCAUCUCUUCAAGCAUCGGCUCAAUAGCAGUGUAUUACAUGCUUCUAACUAUCUCAAGCAAUUUCCUUCACCUAUCAUAUCUAUCAUUGCAAAAUUCAUCGCAUUUGUAUCGGGUGGCUUUGCUGCGGUUCUGAUAAUCUUUGCUUUUCUAGAGGAAUCUCUGCUGGAGGGUCAUGUAUAUGGUAAAAAGUUGUUGUGGUAUGCUGCUGUUUUUGGAACUAUAACUGCUAUUAGUCGGGCUGCGAUCGCAGAUGAGCUUCUAGUCAUAGACCCUGAAGGAGCAAUGUCAUUGGUUGUUGAGCAUACACAUUAUAUGCCCAAGAGAUGGCGGGGAAAAGAAAGUACUGAAAUCGUCUGGAUUGAGUUUGUCACCUUUUUCCAGUAUAGUGGGAGGAUGUUACUUGAGGAGAUGACCUCGAUUUUCCUUACUCCAUACUUGCUUCUGUUGGUUGUCCCAAAGAGGGUUGAUGAUAUCUUGAAGUUUAUUGAAGAUUUUACUGUGGAUGUUGAAGGUGUUGGUCACGUUUGCAGUUUCAGUGUCUUUAAUUUUCAAGAGCAUGGAAACAGUAAUUAUGGUUCUCCAUUUAAUGCGCCUCGCAGCCAGAGAAGUUCCCAGGGGAAGUUGGAGAAAUCAUUUUUGAGCUUUCAGAGUAGUUACCCCUCAUGGGAACCAAAUGCUCAGGGGAAGCAGUUUAUGCUAAAUUUGAAAACAUUCAGAGAGGAAAAGUUAGCAGGGCAUCUAAACAGACAUGGAUUUUCCCCUCUUAGAAUGUGGAGAGGCAGUCCCAACAUGGGAAGCAAUGUAGACAGAAACAGGUUUACAUCAUAUAGUACUUUUGUGACUGGCAAUCACUUGGGUUCAUUGUUGCCAAUUGAAUCCAGUAAUCAAAACAACCAUCCCUAUAUUCUUGAUUGGUACUACACUUCCCAACCUCAUAAUGCAACUCCAAGGCAUGUUCCUUCAGAUCCAUUUGAAGUGACUGAUCAUCAUUCCCCAGAUUGGAUGCCCUCAAACUUGACUCAAAAUGAGCAUCAUGGGUAUGGACUUUACACAAAUGCGUACAGUGAUGGGCGCACUGCAUCCCCUCUCGGUGCUUCCACGACUGCUCCCAUCUUCAGGGAAAGCCUUAUUCAGGACCAACAUUGCAUUGAUAUGCCCCUCACUACCAGGAGCAAUUGGUGGGCUAGAAGUCACCCCCAGAGUGGACAAGUUCAGGCAAGCUUUCUUGAGCCACCAGAUUUCGAUCACCAAACAGCAUACAAUAACCAUGAUACAUUUUCUGAUAGAGGGUCAGAGGAUCAAGACCAAGAUCAGGAACAACACUUGUUCUGGGGAAAUGAUCACAAAUUAUCUAGUACAGCACCUGUAGAUGAUUUAGAUGCAGCAGAUUUCAAUCUUCAUUUUGUUGAUGUUUAUAGCAGGCCUCCAGAAAAUCCCACUGUAAAUCCAAACACUUCAAGCUUUUGAAUGAUGGCUUUGUCCUUCAUUAUUUGUUUGGCUGGUUCUUGCUUCUGGAAUGCAGGAGUUCCCAAGUCAGAUCAUGAUUGUCCUUUUCUAUAUUAUUUGUGUGGAAAUGGAAAUUAUUCUUUGCUGUAAAUAGAUUCAUUGACAUAAGGGAGCUUAGAUUUUUAUAAUUGUUUUUACGUUAA